CGAUGAUGAUGAUGAUGAUGAUGUCGUUAUUGCAUCCAACCAUGAAAAAAUGAUUAUUAAUACUCGUUUCUAUUUGAUGGGUUGAUCGUCAUUGUUGUCGUCAUAUUGUUAUUGGUCAAUAUAAAUGUCAGUUUUUUUUUUUUGAUUGUCAUCAUCAACAUUGGAUUCACAUUGAUGGCAAUCGCGACAAUAACAACGGAUAAAACUGUUUUUUUUUUAAAUACAUUUUUCCAAAUGUUUUUAUGUUGACAUUUUCUUCACAUAUCUACUCUACUUAAUAUAAUUAUUUAAAUCUGUUAAAUUAAAAGUAUUUGAUCGAUUCAGGUGUAUUUACAUUUCGAAUCCAUUUGAAAUGAUUGCCAACAUUCUUAUUUCACAUUCCGUAAUUGAGUUUGCCUAUUAAUAAUACGACAACAAUAACAUUGUACUAUACUAACAAAUAUAUAACGAUGAAAUUUGAGGUUCUUGUUAAUGAAAAAUUUAUCGUACUUAAACAUGGCACAAGUACAAUAUGGUGGCCACGUUUCAUACAAACACCAUUGGAUCAACAAAACAAACCAUAUAAUGAAACAAAUUGUUCACUUGAAACAAAAUCAUUCCAGAUUAAACCAGAAUUUAAAAUCAUCAAUGAUGAUUCUGUAUUCGAAGAUUUCACCUGCCAUGGAUUAGCGUAUGGUUUGAUUGGUCUAUUCAAUAAUGAUAAAUUGAUAUUAAUUAAACAAUCAAUUUCGAUUGGACGAUUACCGUUCGGUUCUCAUGAUGAAGUAUUCAAAAUUCAAAAGAUUUCCAUCAUAUCAUUGUGUGGAAAGAAAAGCGAAACAUCUAUCGAUCUUGGAUUAGAUGAAUGUUGUUCUGAUUCCUGUACGAAACCGGCGAUCGUAACGCCUACAAAUCCACCAUUUAUUCAAGCUUCAUUUAAAGAUUCGAUUAUCGAUGAAUCGAGCAUAAAAUUCAAUACGACUUCAUUCGCACAAAAUCCACAAACAUUAAUGUCGACUGGUAGUGUACAACGUACAUGGAAUCAGCUUAAAAUGACUGCUUCAAAUGUAAAGCCAAAAGUCAGUUCAAUGAUUACAAAUGCCAAUAAUCAACAAAUGAAUAAAAUGGAAGAAAAAGAAAAAUUUGAUCGCCGUUUAACUGAAGAAGUUUACAAAAUGUUUAAUGAAACGAAUUCGUUUUAUUUCUCACUUACUGGUGAUCUAACCAAUUCUGUACAAAGACAACAAAAAAUUCGUCAUACAUUGGAAUCAAAUCAUGAUCCAAAUGAUAUACGUAUCGUACCACUUUGGAAACGAGUCGAUGACCGUUUCUUUUGGAACAAGUACAUGUUGGAACCAAUAAUGGAAAUUAUAAAUGAUGAUGACGGACAACAUAAAUGCUAUAGUCAUAUAUGGAUAUUGCCAAUUAUUCAAGGUUUUAUACAGAUUGAAAAAUGUUGUUUUGAUUUAUCGGAAAAUUAUCCGGUUGGAUGUAUGCCAAAUAUGGCCAUUCCAAACACUAAUCAAAAUGAUGAUCAAACAGAAUGUGAUAGAAAAGUUGUUGAUUCAUUUCUCGAAGCACAUGAUUAUUAUUGGAUGGCUUUAAUUUCAAGACGUAGUCGUUUUCGAGCCGGAACUCGAUAUAAAAAACGUGGACUUGAUGAGAGUGGUACCUGUGCAAAUUAUGUGGAAACUGAACAAAUUUUCAGUUAUGGUUUCCAUUCAGUAUCAUUUGUAUGUGUUCGAGGUUCGGUACCAUUAUUUUGGUCACAACCUGGUUAUAAAUAUCGGCCACCACCGUUGAUGGAGCGUUCCGAAACGGAAAAUCAAGAAGCGUUUCGAAAACAUUUUGAACAGGAAUUUGUCCAUUAUGAAAAUCAAGUUGUUGCAGUAAAUCUGAUCGAGCAUUCAGGUAGAGAAAAAGUUCUAUGUGAUGCUUAUAUGAAUCAUGUGAUAAAAAUGGACGAUCAUCGUCUGACAUUUGUCACAUUUGAUUUCCAUGACUAUUGCCGUGGAAUGAAAUUUGAAAAUGUUUCCAUUCUUAUUGAACGAAUCUAUGAUCUAAUCAAAGAAAUUCGAUACUGUUGGAUUGAUAAUGAUGGUGUAAUCUGUGAACAACGAGGCGUGUUUCGUAUCAAUUGUGUUGAUUGUUUGGAUCGUACCAAUAUCGUAAUGACUGCGAUUGCCAAAGCUGUAAUGGAUAUACAGCUUGUACGUUUAGGUCUUCUUCCUCCUGAAGGUCAAUUAUCAGCCAAUUCAAGACGUGUUUUUCAAUUAAUGUGGGCUAGAAAUGGUGACACAAUUUCCCGACAAUAUGCAGGCACAGCAGCAUUAAAAAGUGAUUACACUCGAACUGGUGAACGAAAGCUUUCCGGCGUUGUUCGUGAUGGUGUUAAUUCGGCUAAUCGUUAUUAUCUGAAUCGUUUCAAAGAUGCAUAUCGUCAAGCUGUGAUUGAUAUAAUGCAAGGAAAUCCUGUUGACGAAAAUCUUUCUUCACCAAAUGAAAAAUCGCCAAGAAAAAGUGGAGUUUCAAAUAAUUUGCUAAUGAAUAAUGAUCAAGAAUAUCAUGAACGAAUCAAAAUGGUUAUCGAAGAUUGUAAAAAAAUUCUUGUUCCUGAAGAUGAAGUUAUACUUGGUGGCUGGCCAUUGGUCGAUGCAGAUCCAACCACUGGUGCUCCUUUGUCAACAUUACGAGUAAAUAACGAAAUUCCUGAAUGUGAAAUGGAUAUCGUUCUGAUAUUGACCAAGGAUUGUUAUUACGUUGCUGAUUAUGAUGAUCAAACUGAUCGGAUAAUCAAAUAUCAAAAAGUAUUAUUAGAAGAUUUAGAAAAAAUUGAAAUCGGUGCCGAACCUAAUUAUCCUAAUGGUCCAUUCAGUUCAAUGCGUGCGCAAAAUUGUCCAUUAAUUUCUUAUGCUGUUCGUUUUCAUUAUACUAUUGGUAAUCAAACUGGUUAUUUUCACAUGUUUCGAUCGACCAAUACUCGUUUCUUCAACAAUAUGGCCAUUCCAAUUCGAACCCGAGAAGAGUCACUUGAAUCGUUGAAGGCCAUUUGUGAAUCAUUUAAAGUGGCUCUAAGUGUCAAAUCAUUGAAUGUUCCUUUUCUUGAAAUGAGUCGUUUGGAACGAAGAAAAAGUAAAAGAAUCUUGUCCGCGUCAUUCAAAACGGAAACAAAUGAUAAUAUAAAUCGUAUGAAGAAUUUAUCCAUUGAUAAUUCGUAUGUGGUUAAUUCGAAAAAAUUAUUCACUGGUGUAUAUUCACAUUUCUCUCGAUUACGUGGAAAAUUAACUGGCUCUUCAAAUGGUCAACAAAAUGUUGUCGGUAAUCGAUCAACACUACAAAUUGAUGGAUUAAAAAUGCGUGAAAAUGAUCAGCUCAGAAAAUCAUCGGAAGAAUUAGAUAUUGAUGAAUCAGAUGAUGAGGAUUCUAUAAUUAAUUUACGGAGAAAACAUGCCAACAAUAAUCAAUGUUUAACAGAACGAACAUUAAGUUUAGAUUUGUCCGAUUGUUCUGAAUUUGGUUCGGAACAGAUUUUACCACCAAUAAGUGAAAUAUGUUCACCAUGUUUAGAUGAUGAACCUAUUCCAACAAAAGGAAGUAUGGAUCGUGUAUUGGAAAGCUGUGGUAUUUUAGUUACAAGUCCACCACUACGUUAUACACCUUCAGAAUCUAGUUUAAUUCAAAAUGAAUAUGGGUCAUCAGAUGACAAUAGUCGAAUGAAAUCUGUUCUUCAUGAUGUUGAUGAUUUUGUAAUUGAUUCGAUGAAAAAAGCAUCGUUAAGACAAUUACGCAAUAAAGCCAUAUCUCAAUCACAAGUAUCAUUGAUUCCAUCAUCAACAAUAACAAUCGAUGCACAGAAUUUACAGAAAAAUGUGCACAACAAUAACAAUAAGGAUUUGAAUGAUUUGUCAAGUGGCCAUCAAUCAAGCCGAUGUAUUUUCAAUUCAGAUUUGGCCUUAAAUUCAAUUAUGUUACAGCCAGCACUUAAAAUUGAAAUGGCCAAUAAUAAAUUUAGCAACAGUAGUGACAGUAUUAACGUAACAGAUGGUGGUGGUGGAAUUUUUUCCUUAGUAAAUUUGCCUAAUAAUGAUUCCGUAAUAAAUUAUCCACUUAUCAGUUCAUCAUCAUUUGCUGCAUUAUCCUAUCCGGAGGACAAUGAUUUCAAAUCACUUGGUAGUGAAUCAAUAUCAACAAAAUUAUAUGAAUCUUAUUUGGAAAAGAAUCCUAUUACAUCAUCAUCAUCGAUACGUGAUGUCGGAAAUUAUUUGGACAACAACAAUUCACAUUCAAUGUCUGGAGGUUUCAGUAAAGAAACAUCACUUAGUUUUUCUGAUUUAGCAUUCAAUGUAUCACCGAAUUCUGGCCUAAAAACAUCACGAAGUUCGAAUACAUUACAAGUAUCAUCUGGAACGUUCAUGUCCUUAAAUUUACCUCCAACAAGUUCUGUUUCGAAUCUAUCAGUUUCAGAUGACAAUGAUAAUAUACAUCAUCAUCAUCAUCAUCAUUAUGUUGAUUCAUCAUUAAGCUCAAAUUUCACAUCAUCAUUGGGCGUUAAAAAAGAUUUUGUUUUAUCACCAUUGACUCGUAUAACGAAAGAAAUACAGAAUAAAUUUGAUCAACAUCAUCAUCAUUCUCGACAGUCAAUUGAUAUGUUGGCACAAGUUGGUGUUCCACCACCAUCACCACCACCACCACCACCACCCACUCAACAAAGAUCACAUGAACAAACACGAAGUAAUAUUAUCGAAAUCUGAUUGUUGUGAUCAUUAUUUUGAAUACAAUCUUAUAGGAAUCAAUUAUAAUCAUGAAAUUCAUGAUUGGAAAAAAAAAAAAGAAAUAUCAAGAGAUUCUCUUUCUUUCUUUAUCACAUAUAUACUUUGUUUACGC